AUGGUUGAAGAUCCGAAGAGAAAACUGCUCAUGGUUCUUGCUCUCCUCUUGCUGCCCAGCUCAGCACAAACAGGGAAUACAGACAGGCUCUCAGAGCAUCACUGUGUGGACUUCCAGAGAGCCAACCUCCUACGGGGCAGCAAACUCAAGGUCCAGUUUCUGCUGUUCACUUCCUCGAGCCCCAGCUGUGGAGAGCUGAUUUCAGCUGAUGAUGGCAUCAAGAACCGCAGCUUCAACAGCAGCCUGGACACCAAAAUCAUCAUCCAUGGCUUCAGGGCUUUGGGUACCAAACCUUCCUGGAUUGAAGGGCUUGUCCAGGCCAUACUACACACCAGCCAGGUGAAUGUGAUUGCAGUGGACUGGGUCUAUGGGUCUACAGGAGACUAUCCCUCUGCAGUGGAGAAUGUCACACAGCUGGCCCUCGCCAUCUCACAGUUCAUCAGCAAGCUCCUGGCCCUGGGAGUCUCAGGGACAUCUAUCCACAUCAUUGGGGUGAGCCUGGGAGCCCACGUCGGGGGCCUGGUGGGGCACUUCCACGGCGGCCGCCUGGGACGGAUAACAGCCCUGGAUCCUGCAGGCCCCAAGUACACCAGAGCCAGCCCCGAGGAACGCCUGGAUCCUGGGGAUGCCCUCUUCGUGGAAGCCAUUCACACUGAUGCUGACUAUUUUGGGAUCCGGAUUCCUGUCGGCCACAUCGAUUACUUUGUCAAUGGAGGCAAAGAUCAGCCAGGAUGCCCCAGGUUCAUCUCUGCAGGCUACAACUUCCUGAUCUGCGAUCACAUGCGGGCUGUGCAUCUCUACAUCAGUGCCCUGAGCCACCCCUGUCCCAUCGUGGGCUUCCCCUGUGCAAGUCAUCAAGAUUUUCUAAAUGGUCAUUGCCUGGACUGUGCAAAACCCUUCCUGUCCUCCUGUCCCAGAAUAGGCCUGCUGGAGCAGGCAGGUGUCAACAUGAGCAGGCUGCCCCAGGAAGUGAAAGUUUUUUUAAUGACCAGUCCUUCAGCCCCAUUCUGUGUCCACCACAGCCUGGUUGAGUUCCAGCUGCAGAAGAAAAGAAACAGAGUCACCAUCAUUGAGAUCAGUUUCAGCAGCAACAGCACCAAGGACACAACAAAGAUCACCAUACCCAAGGGCCAGGACACAGGCAAACGGCUGCUGGUACACCGAGUUCCCCUCUGCCAGAUAAACACUGUGACCCUCAAGUAUAUCCCCAGGAAUCAUUUUUGGAGCAAGGAUGAGCCAUCCAUUGUUGGCAAGUUCUGUGUAGCACCACUGCCUCUCAAUAGCAGCAGGACAAUGUCAUGUCUGCCCUGGAGCCUCACCCUCCCCAGCAAAACAGACACCUCCUAUGACCUGCCUGCUGCUUGUGCCUAG